CAUGGCAGCGUUUGAGAGCUGUUGUUGCUGCAGCCUACAAGCCAGGCAUCUUUAUAGGGGCUCUCAGUAUGGUACUGAGCUUGGGGGGCGGGGCCAUGUGUGUAUUACUGGUGACGGCGGAACACCUCGACCAGGUCCUACAGACAGCCUACAACACCUACCAGGACUUAGAAAACCCAAUCAAAGUCUACGGCACUAAUGGUACUGGCACAGGAGAAACUGAACUGAACUUGGGUGACCCUGAACUCAUGUACAUAGAGUGGACCAUCAUAGCUACACUGCUCUUCAUGUUCGUGUGCACUGUGGUCGACGUUCUACUAGUCAUUGGUGCUUUCAGGGAGACGCCAUGGAUGUUGUUACCGUGGAUGGUGGUGCAGUGGAUCACAAUCUUCCUCACCAUAGCCUUGUUUGGCCUCGUUCUCUGGCAUGAGUUGGUAGCGAUGCCGAGGUACUGGUGGGCAGUCAUGUUCGUGGUAGCUGUGGUAAUUCUCAUGAUUCUCUCCUUUGUGCUGGUUCUCUCCCUCUAUCAGAGCAUUAAGGAGAGAGAGAUGCCCGAGUUCUACCAGGGCGCUGAGCUCGUGCACCGCCACAUCUGGCUCUCACAAAAAGGAAAGUAUUACGACUAGCAUUGUAAACACUGCUGGAAGCUGCAUCAGGGAGCCCGACGCUCCCAUCAGCUCCAGCAGUUGGCCACACCCUCCUCCGCUCACCAGUCCCAAACACCUCACCAUCUCCAACCUCCACAAAUCCCAGGCACCAAACCUCCUGGACCCCUAGUCCCAAGGUCUAUCAGUCACCAUGUUGAUAGUCCAGCGGUAUCUAGCUCAAGGUCCAAAGUCAGACAACCAAGGGUGCACUGGUCUCCUAUACAAGAGUCAAGUGGUCGCCAAGACGAGCCCACCACCCCAGGGUCGGCUAGUCACCAGUUCCAGAGCCUAGAGGUCCCUAUGUCCAGAAGCCAAAAGUCACCAGGCCAGGGCAGGGACGGCAACAGCCCCAAGGUUGAGAAAUCACCAACUCGAGGCUUCAAAGGUCAACAAAAGCAGGGUCUGGAGGUGCUCGGCUCAAAGGUUCAAAAGUCACCAUCCAUGGGCCCCAGAACUCACCACCUUGAGAGUCCUGACGUUAUUAAAUCUAGGUUUCAUAAAUCACCAACUCGAGGAUCAAAAAGUCCUCAUGUCACCAAACCUGCAAAAACGGGUCACCAACAAUAGGCCCUUAAAGGGCCCAUUUUUAGGGCCCAAAGUCAUCAGUUGUCAGUAAUUCGAGGAUCUUUACGUGAACAUGUACGGGUUCAACUCGUGACAAUCUCUUCAGAUAUGCAGCAAACGCUAAAUUCACCAUAUCAGGCACCGGAAGCUUCGCCAGAUCACUGUUCAGAGUUCGUCGUCAACUUCCAAACAAAAGGUUCCUGUGACGAAGAAGGAAGACUUAUAUUGGUCGACUCUUCAGUGACUUCGCCUGAACCUCUUGUGUAAGACACCUGGAGAAUCACAGAUGCUGGUCUACAAGGCCCUGAUGCCACGAAGCUCCAGGUGAACUGUGCUAAAAAAGCUUUUAUCUGUGAAUAAUAACGUGGUGUCUUGUCUUUCACACGCCAGACAUACAACUGGCUUCUCUUCAGCUCAGUAAACAUACAAAUAUUGUGUUAAGGAAAAGUAUACUUGUGUGUGUCCUUGCAAGGUGGUGACUGGUGUACCUCAAGGCCACAACAAACAAGGCUACGAGGUGAAACACUUAACCACAACGCUGUCAUCCAUAACCAGUUCCUGUUGCUGCUGUUUCAGGUUGUGUGCCAUUGUAGUGUAGAGUCUCGCAUAUUCCCAGUGUUGAAGCCUUUAUUAUCUUCUUUUGUUACCAGGGGAACUUUGUGCUCAUUUUAUGGCAGGCAAUUGGACUUGUCUGCCUUCCCUCGGUCCCGAGCCUUGACUUAGCUCAAUUCAGUGUCGGUGAUGAAUAAAACUGCCUUAAAGAUACCACAGGAUCUGUGGACUGUGGUUCGAUAUGUGACAUGAGGUGAUGAUGACCGUCCAAUCAGAGAAGCCCGUGGUGCUGCAGUGGCCAAUCAGAGCAACUUAAUGGGCUGCAGUGUCGUCAUGGUGCUACUUUGACUAAACAGAGAAGCCCAUGGCGCUGCAGUAACCAAUAGGAGACGCUUAUGGUGCUGCCCUAGCCAAUAGAAAUUCAGAAUUCACCAGAAGGUGUCAGGGACUUUAAGAAAAACCUAACUCUUGCCUUGAAUGUCUUGUAAACUUGGAUCUCACACAUAUUUUACAAUAUAUAAUCUCUUAAAUUAUGAUAUAUAUUACAUAUAUAAAUAUAAACCCCCCUUCUUUAGUCUGCCUUAAGCAGAUAAGAUAUAGUUGGUCCGUAACAUAUAAUAUAUAUUAAUCAUCAUUGUGUAUACUGAACUAUGUGCUCAUAAAGUGAUCUAACAGUCUGACAAUAAAUAGAUUUUCAGACCCCAGAUUCUCAAAGGUUCGUCAAGUUAGCGCUCUUCCUUCACUGGUAUUAGACCGCCUCUAGUUAUGGUAGAAUUUACACUGCAUUUUUAACGCCAUUUUGGUCAGGUCGUCUGUUUGACGUAGCUUUAGUGAUCUUGUGAGAUACGUUUUAAAACCUCCACUUGAGGGAAAAUGUAAGUAUGAAGCUUUGAGAAACUGGAAUCAAAGCUGCAUAUAAAAUAGUGUGGCUGAGUGAAGGUCUGCGUGAACAUAUACUGUAUAGUUACAACUUCACUACUAACGUGACAUAUCACUCUCGUGUAUUGCCAUACUCGAGUCCUCCAGUAACGCCACCAAAGACUUAUGGUCAUCACAACAGUACACAUGCUUGUCACUCAUUACCGAUACUUUUCAACAAAUGAAGCCCCAAACAAGACUGUCAGAAUAGUGGGAAAACUACUUUUAUAUGCAAACCAAACCGUUAAGUAGUGUUAGAGAUCUGAUUAUACUGCAUAUACCCCAAUAACUACUAUUUUAUUUAGUUUACGGUUAAAUUUUUCUGUUUUCUAUAAUAUAUCAGGAAUUUGUCCAUUUUCUCUAAUAUGUGACUUAGGUCAUAGUUUGGGGCUAACUAAUGAAACUCAGUAGUUCGAUAAUAUGGUCGUUAUAAUGAAACAAAUUAGUAUUUCACCAUCCACCCCGACGUCCCCA